AUGGAGGAGAAUGGAAACGGUUCUGUUGUGAUGAGGAUGGAGGAGAAUGGAAACGGUUCUGUUGUGAUGAGGAUGGAGGAGAAUGGAAACGGUUCUGUUGUGAUGAGGAUGGAGGAGAAUAGAAACGGUUCUGUUGUGAUGAGGAUGGAGGAGAAUAGAAACGGUUCUGUUGUGAUGAGGAUGGAGGAGAAUGGAAAUGGUUCUGUUGUGAUGAGGAUGGAGGAGAAUAGAAACGGUUCUGUUGUGAUGAGGAUGGAGGAGAAUGGAAACGGUUCUGGUGUGAUGAGGAUAGAGGAGAAUGGAAACGGUUCUGGUGUGAUGAGGAUAGAGGAGAAUGGAAACGGUUCUGUUGUGAUGAGGAUGGAGGAGAAUGGAAACGGUUCUGGUGUGAUGAGGAUGGAGGAGAAUAGAAACGGUUCUGUUGUGAUGAGGAUGGAGGAGAAUAGAAACGGUUCUGUUGUGAUGAGGAUGGAGGAGAAUGGAAACGGUUCUGUUGUGAUGAGGAUGGAGGAGAAUAGAAACGGUUCUGUUGUGAUGAGGAUGGAGGAGAAUGGAAACGGUUCUGGUGUGAUGAGGAUAGAGGAGAAUGGAAACGGUUCUGUUGUGAUGAGGAUGGAGGAGAAUAGAAACGGUUCUGUUGUGAUGAGGAUGGAGGAGAAUAGAAACGGUUCUGUUGUGAUGAGGAUGGAGGAGAAUAGAAACGGUUCUGUUGUGAUGAGGAUAAAGGAGAAUGGAAACGGUUCUGGUGUGAUGAGGAUAAAGGAGAAUGGAAACGGUUCUGUUGUGAUGAGGAUAAAGGAGAAUGGAAACGGUUCUGGUGUGAUGAGGAUGGAGGAGAAUGGAAACGGUUCUGUUGUGAUGAGGAUAAAGGAGAAUGGAAACGGUUCUGGUGUGAUGAGGAUAAAGGAGAAUGGAAACGGUUCUGUUGUGAUGAGGAUAAAGGAGAACGGAAACGGUUCUGUUGUGAUGAGGAUAAAGGAGAAUGGAAACGGUUCUGUUGUGAUGAGGAUAAAGGAGAAUGGAAACGGUUCUGUUGUGAUGAGGAUAAAGGAGAAUGGAAACGGUUCUGGUGUGAUGAGGAUAAAGGAGAAUGAAAACGGUUCUGUUGUGAUGAGGAUGGAGGAGAAUGGAAACGGUUCUGUUGUGAUGAGGAUAAAGGAGAACGGAAACGGUUCUGUUGUGAUGAGGAUAAAGGAGAACGGAAACGGUUCUGUUGUGAUGAGGAUAAAGGAGAAUGGAAACGGUUCUGUUGUGGUGAGGAUAGAGGAGAAUGGAAACGGUUCUGUUGUGAUGAGGAUAGAGGAGAACGGAAACGGUUCUGUUGUGAUGAGGAUAAAGGAGAAUGGAAACGGUUCUGUUGUGAUGAGGAUAAAGGAGAAUGGAAACGGUUCUGUUGUGGUGAGGAUAGAGGAGAAUGGAAACGGUUCUGUUGUGAUGAGGAUAGAGGAGAACGGAAACGGUUCUGUUGUGAUGAGGAUAGAGGAGAAUGGAAACGGUUCUGUUGUGAUGAGGAUAAAGGAGAAUGGAAACGGUUCUGUUGUGAUGAGGAUAAAGGAGAAUGGAAACGGUUCUGGUGUGAUGAGGAUAAAGGAGAAUGGAAACGGUUCUGUUGUGAUGAGGAUAAAGGAGAAUGGAAACGGUUCUGGUGUGAUGAGGAUAAAGGAGAAUGGAAACGGUUCUGUUGUGAUGAGGAUAAAGGAGAAUGGAAACGGUUCUGGUGUGAUGAGGAUAAAGGAGAACGGAAACGGUUCUGUUGUGAUGAGGAUGGAGGAGAAUGGAAACGGUUCUGUUGUGAUGAGGAUAAAGGAGAAUGGAAACGGUUCUGGUGUGAUGAGGAUAAAGGAGAAUGGAAACGGUUCUGUUGUGAUGAGGAUAAAGGAGAAUGGAAACGGUUCUGGUGUGAUGAGGAUAAAGGAGAAUGGAAACGGUUCUGUUGUGAUGAGGAUAAAGGAGAAUGGAAACGGUUCUGGUGUGAUGAGGAUAAAGGAGAACGGAACGGUUCUGUUGUGA